AUGGAGUCUGUGGACUGCCUUGAUACUUGGAUUGCUGAUAUGUGGUUGUCUUUGCCAAAGGAUGUGAUUAUUCAGGUUAUUGUGAUUUGUUGGGCUGCAUGGGAAAAUAGAAACAAUAUGGUUUUUAAUCAACAUUGCAUGAAUCCCAAGACCAUGGUGGCUACUGCUUUGAUGUAUUACAAUGAUUGGUUGAGAAUUCGGUCGGCAACUACUAGUUCUAUUUUAUCUCAAAACAGUGUGGUUUGGUCCAAAAAAUGGCAGCCUCCCAUGCAUAAUUUUUUAAAGGUAAAUGUGGAUGUGGCUUUGGAUUUUACAAGGAAAAGAAUGGGGUUUGGGUGGGUAGUACGGGGUGAGGGAGGGGUGGUUAAUGCCAUGGGUUGGAGAGUAGAAGAGGGAGUUUUUUCAGUUCACGAGGCGGAGGCUGUGGGGGUGCGGGAGGUUUUAAGUUGGGUCAAGCAGAAGGGAUGGUCUCGGGUUAUUGUUGAGACUGAUGCUCAGGUUGUUUCAAAGGCUGUGUAUGAUGGUGGACGCAGUGGCCCUUUUGGUUUGAUUAUUGAAGAUAUUCGAUCUAUUUUACAUCACUUGGAUUUGGUUGUUGUUCAUUUUGUGAAGAGGGACGCAAAUAUGUUAGCACAUGCUAUUGCGAAGAGUUCUUUAGAUGACUCGUGUAUAGAUGUCGUUGAUUAUUUUGAUUGUAUUCCUCGUUUUAUUUCUUGUAUUGCUCGUUUGGACCUUGUGGAGGAUUAA